AUGAAGUCCUUCUCCUCCUCCUCCCUGCGCAGCUUGCCCGCCACCCUGCGCCCCGCAACACGCACCACCGCCGUCCCCCGCCGCAGCUACGCCCUUCAAGCUCCCGGCGCGCCCUCCUUCGACGUCUUCAACCGCCGCACCAAGCUGCUGCAGCGUGAGCGCGCCGCCUCCAAUGCCCAACAGAGCAGGGAAGUCGACUACCUGCGGGACGAAGUCGCCUUCCGCCUCUGCGAGCGACUGCUGGACAUCAACCGCCGCUUCGACAAGGUGCUCGACCUAGGCGCCAACGCCUGCAACAUCGGGCGGAUCCUUACGCAGCCCGACCCGGACAAAGACUCGAUGAAGCCCGUGUCGGAGCCACUCUCGACCCGCAUCGGCGAGCUCAUAGCAGCCGACUCGUCGCCAGGGAUGCUGUACCGGGACGCGUCGGCGCCGUUCAACGACUCGCUCUCGAUAACGCGCCAAGUGCUGGCGGACGAGGAGUCGCUGCCGUGGGAAGCGGGCAGCUUCGACGCGGUGCUCAGCUCGCUGUCGCUGCACUGGAUCAACGACCUGCCCAGCGUGCUGCGCCAGAUCAACCACGUCCUCAAGCCCGACGCGCCCUUCCUGGGCGUCAUGCUCGGCGGCGACAGCCUGUACGAGCUGCGUACGGCGCUGCAGCUCGCCGAGCUCGACCGCCGUGGCGGCGUGUCUACGCGCACGUCGCCGCUCGCUGACGUCCGUGAUAUGGGCGGCUUGCUGCAGGGCGCCGGCUUUAAGUUGCUGACGGUCGAUGUUGACGACAUCGUCGUCGACUACCCCUCGAUCUUCGCGCUGAUGACGGAUCUGCAGGCCAUGGGCGAGAGCAAUGCCGUGCUCGGCCGCGAAAUGGGCCCCAUAAGGAGGGAUGUCUUGCUUGCGGCUGAAGGCAUCUACAGGGCGCUGCAUGCCGAAGAGGGCCAGGAAGGUAUCCCCGCCACUUUCAGGCUCAUCUACAUGAUUGGCUGGAAGGAGGGCCCAAACCAGGGCCAGCCUCUGCCGCGUGGAAGCGGCAUGGUCAGCAUCAAGGAGAUGUUGGAGCAGAAGGGCGGCGAGAAGAAAUAGACGCCUGUCCAUGCAGGCGGGUCGUCUAUCGAUUUCUCGCCGUCGAAACAUGUCGGGGGCGGAUGAGAGGGGUGGGAGGGGAGAGGAGCGUGCAAGCGCGCACGUUCCCUGCAGACUGGCCUCCUGGCUGUACCCAGCAGUCUUGCGAGCGCUAGGUAAACGUCUGCACACCAUCGCGACCACCACCACCGCAGCCUCGCCAGGGAUGGACGACGAUAGGUGAAAAAGGCGCAACACGCCCCCACCAAAAAACACCAUCCCCAAGUCUCAACUACGCAGCCACAUCACCUUGCCCGCUGCCGUCCAUCCAAAUAGGUACACAUACACGUACUGUACAGCGCAGCCAAGGCAACCAAGUUAGUAUAGCUAGCGUGGUGGGACAGAUCUCCACUGCACAUACGCAAACGCGAAAGGGUACAGCAUUGUAGAUACCUAGAUAGGCGAUAAUAGCGUUAUACGUGUACUUAGCACUCCACUCC